AAGCACUUGUACUGCUUUAAAGACAAAGAAACUGCUGGCAUCACCGUGCAAACACUGACUUACUGCAGGUGGUCCAACAACAAACAGAGAUGGAUGACACAAUGAAGAAUCCAGUGAUGAUGACCAUGGAGAUUGAAGACAAUUUUAAAGAAAAUGGCUCAGUGAAAGAAGAGUUAUUCACAGUGUACAGAUGCAGAAAGAAACUUCUUACUGCGGUGCUGAGCCUGGGAUUUCUCUGUCUUGUCCUUCUGGCUGGAGUCAUUGGGCUGUUUUUCCACUCCCUCCAAAGAGAAAGAAAUCAACAAAUUAGUCAAGCCGCUAUGGCUCAAGCACUCCAAACAACUCAACCCAUUAAUCUCAACAAAGAGAUGGAACUGUUACAGAGUGACUACAUAAACCUGACCAGAGAAAGAAAUCAGAUACAGACCAAAUACAGUCAGCUGCGCAGAGAGAGUGACCAGUUACUGGCCAGUUACUUGAGCAUUACUAAUGAUAGAAACAGGUUACAGACCAGCUACAGUAUCCUUACUAAAGAUAACAACCUGUUACGGAACAGUUACAGUCAGCUGAACAAAGAGAGAGACCACUUGUUGGCCAGUUACGCCAACCUGACUAGAGAUAGGGACUACUUACAGACCACUUACCACAGCCUGACCAAUGAUAAAUACAAAUUACAGACCAGUUAUAACACCUUAACUAACAUUAACAAUCUGUUAAAGACAGAUUACAACAACCUCACCCAAGACAGAGACAUGUUACAGAUCAGUUUUUUCAACAUGACUAGAGAUAGAGACAUGUUACAGAUCAGUUACAACACCCUGAGUGAAGUUAAUGACCUGUUACAGACCAUGUACACCAACCUACAGACCAGUUAUGUCAAAAUGUCCAAAGAAAGAGACCAGUUACAGGCCAGUUACAAUCAACUGACCAGAGAAAGAGACCAGAUACAGUCUAGUUACAGUCAAGCGUCCAGCCAGAGACACCAGCUACAGGCAAGUUACAACAGACUGAAUCAGACAACACAGCAGCUUCAAAGGGAAGUUGGAAUCCUCAAGCAGAAGCUGCAAGCAUUGACCCCUUGCAAGGAUGGAUGGGAGAUGUUUGGGGACAGCUGUUACUUAGCCACCUCAAGCCCUGACUCAUGGAAUAAAAGCAGGCAGGAAUGUUUGAAAAAAGGAGCCGACCUAGUGAUUAUCAACAGCAAAAGAGAACAAGUAUUUAUCAAGAGUCUACGCAGUACCUGGUUGGAGUGGAAUACCGCAUGGAUCGGUCUGUCUGAUGAGGGCACUGAGGGCCAGUGGAAGUGGGUUGAUGACUCAAGCCUGAGUAAUGGAUUGUGGCUACCUGGCGAGCCCUAAUAACAUUGGAACAGAAGACUGUGCAGAGUUAUUCUUCGGUUUGUAUUUAUGGAAUGAUAUAUCAUGUUCUCGUCAGUUAUAUGCAGUUUGUGAGCAGAAAUUUUAUGGUUUCUUGGACUAAGCAUACGUUUAGAUAACUCUAUCAAAUGUAAAACAUAACAAAGCAUGAAAAU